UUUUGAUCGGAAAAACUCACAAUCUUUGGUCACCGAGGAGUGGUGCAGAGCAGAAACCAACAAAAGCAGCAAUGAAAUCAGCAAAGAUGGAGCAUCCAAGCAACGCGUGUAGCUAAAACCUCUCUUCUACCUGCACAGUUUUUCCACUUCUCUCUAUCGCUCUAGAUUUUUGUUUCCCCGUGCUUAAAGGGAAUCUGCUCCCUUUCCUUCCAACUUCCAAGUUGUAUCUUGUACAUGGAGUUUGUUGUGAAGAGCUGAACAUGUGCAGUUGAUUUGUAGUUUGUGCUUGAGAAAUGGGGAAGAAAAGAGAGGGGAAGAAGAAGUGUGAGAAGAAGAAGAAGAAGAAAGGCAUGGGAAGAACGCCAUGUUGUGCUAGAGAGGGAAUGAAAAGAGGGGCUUGGAAUGCUGAAGAGGACAAAAUUCUAGUUGAUUUUAUCAGAGAAAAUGGGCAUGGGACAUGGAGAAACCUCCCCAAACUUGCAGGUCUCCUCCGUUGUGGUAAGAGUUGCCGGCUUCGAUGGACAAACUAUCUUCGACCCGACAUCAACCGUGGCCCCUUCAGCCCAGAAGAAGAGAAUACUAUUAUUCAGCUGCACGGGACGCUUGGUAACAAAUGGUCUGCCAUGGCCUCAAAACUACCCGGAAGAACAGACAACGAUAUCAAGAAUUUCUGGAACUCUCAUCUGAGGAAACGCUUCAGCACCAAACCCAUCGACCAGUCGAUUGACAUAAACCCCGGCUAUCCUUCAACUCGUCACCUGGUUCAAUGGGAGACUGUCAGGGUUGAGGCUGAGUCCCGUCUGUCGGCUAAACUGAAACAGCCAUCAGACAGUUGUAGCCACAAAGGCGACCACUUUCUACACCUGUGGAAUUCAGAAGUCGGGGAAUCGUUUCGACAUAGAACAAAUGAAUGCAACGAAGCUGCAUCCGCGAGUCCAGCUUCGGAGACAUCUUCCCUAACGAAACCCGAAUGCAGCUCCAGAUCAACAAACCUAGACCACCCCGCGACCAAUCCCGAAACUGUAGAUCCAAAAUCGGAAGUCAUCAGGUACUGUAAGAAGGAAAUCGACGAUGCAACGGCGUAUUCGGUCUCCUCCAACUCGUACGAGAUGGAUGACUCUUCCGACACAAUGAUGAAGCUGCUGCUCGACUUUCCUGUAAGCGACAACGACAUGGGAUUCCUUCAAGAAUCGAUGAUCGACGACUUCUCUACUUACAUCAGAGGUUAGUCACACUUAACUUUCCUUGACUUUUUCCAUCUUUUCUAUAACAUAGCUUAUUUACGUGUAGUUUAUAUGUACCUCUUUAGAUACUUCACCAUGUCAAUUAAUACGUGGAAAUCUCAAAAUGUUGUCUACAAACAAA